AUUUUUUUUCUCUAAACCCUUGUUCAGCCCUCGAAGUGCGGAGCAGAUGGAAAGAGUGUUGAUGAAAGAAAGAGAGAGAUAGAGAGUCAGGGUGAAACCAUGCUGUAUCUGAGGAAGCCUAGUGAGCGUAGUGACCGAGCCUGACGACCUGAUCACCCCAGACAACCAGGAAAGAUCAGUCUGGUCAACCUCAAGACCCGGACAUACACACUUCCAACAGGAGAAAAAGAAAUAAACAGAGAGAGAGAGUGAGAGAGAGAGAGCGAGACAGAUAGAGAGCGCGAAAGUUAAAGAGAGGAGAACGCCAGAUGUGUGAGAGAGAGCAGAGAGAAGGAGAUGCUCAGAGAGAGCGGACAGUGACCAGAAAGGAGACCAGAGGAAGAAAGAGAAACGAAAGAGACCACUGAGAGAGUGCCUGGGGUAGUGCUGAAAUCUGGAUUGUCUGUAAAGGGGUGUUUGACUUUUGGUUCUGUGGCUCUGAGAGACAACGGGAGCUCUGAGAAACAGUUUGGGGGAGUUCUGUGUUUCACUCUGCCAACAGUAUUACCUGUGUGUGGAAGCGAGACUGCUUCAGGUGUUCUGAAGAGGACAAAAUAGUAGCCAAAGAAAAGGAGGACAGAAAGAGGACAGAUAAAUAAAAAGGAAAGAAAGCUAUACAUUUAGAAAGAAAGAACAAGAAGGAACCAGAGAGUAAGAGCGAAAAACAAAGCUAGAGAUAGUCUAUAACAGAUAGACAUAAAGACAGGAUGGCCAACUCAGGAUUCCAGUUACUGGGUUACUUCCUGGCAUUGGGUGGUUGGAUAGGCAUCAUCUCCACCACGGCUCUGCCCCAGUGGAAGCAGUCUUCAUACGCGGGCGACGCCAUCAUCACGGCGGUGGGGCUCUAUGAGGGCCUGUGGAUGAGCUGUGCCUCCCAGAGUACAGGACAGGUGCAGUGCAAGGUGUUUGACUCAAUGCUGUCACUGGACGUUCACAUCCAGACGUGUCGUGCUCUUAUGGUGGUGUCCGUGCUGCUGGGCUUCAUAGGAAUGAUAGUGAGUGUAGUGGGGAUGAAGUGCACUAAGGUGGGCGACAAUAACCCUGCCUCCAAGGGGCUCAUCGCUGUGUCUGGAGGAGCCCUCUUUCUACUCGCAGGUCUGUGUACGCUGGUGUCCGUGUCCUGGUACGCCACUCAGGUGUCCUAUCAUUUCUUCAACCCAAACACGCCGGUCAAUGCCAGGUAUGAGUUUGGGUCAGCCCUGUUCGUGGGAUGGGCGGCGGCCAGUUUGACAGUUUUGGGUGGAUCCUUCCUGUGCUGCUCCUGCUCCAAUGAGGAGAGGCGAGGGCAGCAGUACUACCGCCAAUCACAACCAUCCACAGCCAGGGAGGCAGAGUUGUUGAGUGAGACUAGUUUCCCUGACUGACCAACCCCUGCCUGUCCCCCAGGACUGUCCGAGUUCCACUCACUGUCUCCCCUUUCCCUGUUCCUUCCUAGAUUCAAAAUUUGGACCUUUGUCUCUCCACUAUAGUAUUUGUUGCCCUCCCUCCCUCCCUCCCUCCCUCCCUCCCUCCCUCCCUCCCUCCCUCCCUCCCUCCCUCCCUCCCUCCCUCCCUCCCUCCCCAUACCCCAUUCCUAAAUGUCUGCUCCUUAUCAGUGUCUGAUAUUAAGGGUCGACACAAUGUCCGCCACCCCUUUAAGAGAUUGCUUCUUCCCUUCUCCCACUUCCUGAGCCUGUUUGUAAAUAUAGACUCUUAAAGGAGAAGUGUGGUUAGGUGGUUAGACCCCCCCCCCCCUUAUGACUAGAGGGGCAGUAUUUCACUGUAUUUCAACCUGUGAACCCUUUACUAGAAAGUCCAUGAUAUCCUUUUAUCUUUUAUUGACUGGACUUUAACUGAACACGAGAGACUUGUCGUGUCAUUAUGUUAUGUUGAUUUCUGCUUCACUAAUAUCCUGUGAUUUCUGGGUUGGUAGGAAUGUGCAUUUUGGUUUUGUUCUCUGAGUAUUCAAAUGUACAUUUACUGAAACAUGUUUUUUCUUUUAAAUUGCAGACCAAAUGUUAAACAUUCCCCACCAGAGAAAAAGGAGGAAUACUUAUAGUUUGGGCGACUCCUUUGGCCCCACGAUGUGUUAGAUUUUUGGCAACAGGCAAGACACUGUCUAACACAAACAGACAAGACACUCUCAAAGAAAAUAGAAGCAGACAAGACACUCUCAAUAGAAAACAUAAGCAGACAAGACACUUUCAAUAGAAAAGACACUUUCAGAAAGCAAACCAAAUAAAUCCAGAAUACACUGAAUACAUCUGCAGACCAACCCUAAUGGGUAGCUAGUACUGUAUCAUUCUUAAAGAUGCCCAUGUGUUAAAUGUUUGUCAAUGUAUUUUAGAAUCAGUUUUGUACACAAGCAAUAUUAAAUGGUAUUCUGCACAGGUGUUAUUUGUGCUCACACAUGACAAAUAACUGCUAUUUGGAUAAUUGAAAGCCAGUAAACCUGAAUCUAUGAUUCUUUCUGCCUGUAGUCUGUCUUUAGUUUCUGGGAGAGGAAGUCAUUCAGGGUGUGUUUAUAGAACAUAGAAUACAGAAGUGCCCAGAUGUUUAUACCACCACCUCCAGCCUUUCUACUACAUAUUCCCUACUGCAGUGCCUUAUAACAUGUGUGUUUGUGUGUAUGUUUUUGACUGUUAUACACGGAUCCCACAGUGUCUCAUCCUAUAUGGACAUAUGGUAAAACAUAUCCGUGGACAUCUUUUUCUCUUGCAUGAAAUGUACCAUUCAGACAAACUGUUGCAUGUAGUUAUAUCUCUGAUCAUGAAUAUGUACUGUACUGUAGCUAGUAUACCACUUAGAAAACAACAGACAGACAGAUUCCUAAAUGUCCCUAUCUGAUGAGAGCGAUGGCACGCUUUGUAAAAGUUGUGAGACGGUUUGGAAGAAGUACAUGUACAGUAGCCCAGAUUGAGGAUAUUACUAUACAUGCAUUCGAUUUAGUUAAGUGCCAAUAUGAUUUAGUGUGGAUGGAAGAUGUGUUUUGUUAUUGACUACGGCAACUUAUUCUGUACUCCGGGUGCUGAAAGCACUGUCUCCUGUACAGGUACUGUACUUAGUAACGGCCAGUUUGCUGAAUGUAAUCAGGUCAAACGUGUUUUUCUGUUGCCUACAUUUAUUUACCAUGCAUUUUCUUCAUCUAAUAUUCACUGUUAUUAUUUUAAGUAUCAUUUAUUUUGAAGUAUACUCAUGUAUGUUUCUUUUAGAAUAAAGUAAGAGCAUAAAAAA